UACAGAAAUACCCUCAUGACCGAACUUUGUUUCACGAGUUACAUUUCAGUUGUAUCAUCGGAGGUUCGAAUCGCGGGUGAUGGAGCCACCGGAGUGUCCGGUGUGUCUACAGUCAUACGACGGAGAGUGUACAGUUCCCCGCGUGCUCCCCUGCGGACACACGGCGUGUGAGGAGUGCCUGACGAAUCUCCCCAAGAAGUUCCCCAACACAAUCCGAUGUCCGGCGUGCACGGUUCUCGUCAAGUUUCCACCUCAAGGACCAUCGGCUCUACCCAAAAACAUCGAUCUCCUGAGACUGUUCCCUUCGAGCUUGCAGAAUAAGGUAGAGCCUGGCCGGAAUUUGAAAAAAUCGUUUGAGUUCGUCACUCGAUCAUGGUCCGACGACUUCUACGCCACUUGGAAGGAUCGGAUCCUACUGCACGACGCCGUUUCCGUGGAGAGCGUUGAGAGUGAAGGUAGUGAUGCUGCUUCAUUUUCGCGUGUAUGUGGAUGCCUAAAGGAUGAUUCGACGGUGAGUCUUUUACGAGUGGCUUCGUUUCAGCUUGAUGAUUGUGUAUCUGCCCUCAAGUAUAGUUAUGUCCAGAGGAUGAUGAGUUGUCUGUGGGAGAUGGGAGAGGAGGAGAGAGAUGAGCUUGAUACUAUCAUUUCUGUGAAACAGAGAGGCAUCUCUAAAGUUUUUGGCUUGUGGGGUGAUUUGAAGAAUGGGGUUUUGUACUUAGUAGGUGAGAAGCUUACUGGAUUUUCGUGGGAAGAACUUGAUCAUCUCACUGAAGAUGAUACUUCAUGUUUAGCAAUAACUGGUAUGCAAAUAUGCGAGGCACUUCUCAAUUUGCAUAAGGAAGGGAUAUUCACAGGAUGUUUGAGCUAUUCUUGUGUAAAGUUUGACGAGUUUGGGAAUGCUUUUGUUGAUUUGAUUGAGUUACUGGAAACUGGAAGGAAUGUGUAUGGAAUCAUCUCUGACGAAACUAGCUCGUGCAGCAAACCAGUGGGUGCUUUGGAAAUGGGAUUGAUUUUGAACGGAUUAGUAAAAGAGGGUAUUUUUAUGAGCUCCGAAGUGUUGUUUGGACUGUUGAAAAAACAGAACGUGUUGAUAACUACACAGGGAAGCUCAAACUAUUUGGUUUCAUAUAGCUCUGAUGUCUGGCCAGUUUGUUUUCUUCUCCUCCAUCUUCUUCUUGGAAAAUGGUUUUCUGAGGAGCUGAUUGAAAGUGUAAAUGGUGUGGAGGCAAUAGAAAGUGAAGAGCAUACUGAGGAUCUCUUGGUGUUGUACACAGGUUUUACAGAGAAGUUAUGUUCUAUUCUGGAAUCUAAACUUAGUGGGAAGUUUAAAUCGAUGGUUGAAAUUCUCCGCCAAAGUUGCUGUCAUGAUCCUGAGGCACGUCCAGCUUUAACUGAUCUGUGGAAAUGCAGCAGGGAGCUGGUCAUGAAUCACAGGUUCAGUUCUAUGACUGCGUUGAAUAAUACGAAAUCAGGGGAAAGGAAAGAGUUUUGUUUGGUUCUAGGUGAAUUAUGCGGCUCGAUAAAAGUGGGAUCCAAAGAAGUAGAAGAGGAAUUGCCUGGAGUGGGAAAUGGCGGGGGAGAAGAGGAGGGAAAGUUUGACAUAGAUUUUGUUGGGAGACUCUCAGAAGGUAAAAUCAAAUCUAAAGACUUGCGGGGACACCAAGACAGUGUCACGGCUUUAGCGGUUGGAGGUGGGUUUCUGUUCAGCUCUUCGCUUGAUAAAAAUAUCCUUAUAUGGUCUCUGAAGGACUUCUCCCAUCUGCAUACGUUUAAAGGUCAUCAAGAUAAAGUAACGGCUUUGAUAUACAUCGAGGGAGCAGAACCAGUAUGUGUCAGUGGGGAUGGAGGAGGAGGUAUAUUUGUAUGGAGCACUAGUUUCCCUCUGGAAGAACAGCUGCUAAGAAAGUGGUACGAGCCAAAAGACUGGCGAUAUUCUGGCAUUCAUGCGUUGGCAUACUCAGAAGAUGGGUAUGUGUAUAGCGGCAGUGGAGAUAACACUAUCAAAGCUUGGUCAUUGCAAGAUGGAAGCCUUGUUUGCACAAUGACUGGUCACAAAUCUGUAGUUUCAACGCUGCUUGUGCUAAACGGAGUAUUAUACAGUGGAAGUUGGGAUGGUACCGUUCGAUUGUGGAGUCUAAGUGACCACAGUUUUUUGACGGUGUUGGGGGAAGAGACUCAAGGUAUUGUAAGAUCUAUUCUGUCUCUAGCUGCAGACGACCAAACCCUAGUGGCAGCUUAUCAAAACGGAGAUAUACAGAUAUGGAGGGAUGAUACAUUGAUGAAGUCAAUGCAAAUACAGAGUAGUGCAAUUCUAAGCAUUGCCGUGAACGGUAAAUGGAUAUUCACUGGAGGUUGGGACAAAACCGUCAAUGUACAGGAAUUGUCAGGAGAUGAGAUAUCUCUAGACUGUACACACGUUGGAUCGAUCCCGGGUUCUUCGGUGAUCACAUCUUUGUUAUAUUGGGAAGGCAAGCUCUUUGCAGGGUUUGCGGAUAAAACCAUCAAGGGGAAUUUGGGUCGUUUGAAGAGGAAUUUACAAGAUGUUGCGAGCAUGAAUUAUUGGGUUGUGCGGGACUACUAUCGUCUUGUGGAGUCUGUUAAUUCCCUCGAACUACGUAUUCAAAGCCUUUCGGAUGAACAGCUGAAAGCAAAAACUGCAGAAUUUCGGGAAAGGUUAGCACGAGGGGAGUCCCUAGCAGAUAUGCAAGCUGAGGCGUUUGCUGUUGUUCGUGAAGCUGCAAAGAGAACAAUUGGAAUGCGUCAUUUUGACGUGCAGAUAAUUGGUGGAGGAGUGCUUCAUGAUGGUUCCAUUGCGGAGAUGAAGACAGGUGAAGGGAAAACGCUAGUCUCUACAUUAGCUGCAUAUCUUAAUGCAUUAACUGGCGAGGGCGUUCAUGUGGUUACUGUAAAUGAUUACCUGGCGCAGCGUGAUGCAGAGUGGAUGGGUCGUGUUCACCGCUUCUUAGGCCUUUCAGUUGGUCUCAUUCAGAGAGGAAUGAAAGCGGAUGAGAGAAAAUUCAACUAUAGCUGUGAUAUUACAUACACCAAUAACUCGGCAAGUGAGCUUGGAUUUGAUUAUCUGCGAGAUAACCUUACGUCAAACAGCGAACAACUUGUGAUGAGAUGGCCAAAACCAUUUCACUUUGCGAUAGUUGACGAAGUGGACUCAGUCCUUAUUGAUGAAGGCAGAAAUCCGUUGCUAAUAAGCGGUGAGGCUAAUGAAAAUGCUGCACGAUAUCCAGUUGCUGCUAAAGUGGCUGAACUUCUCCUAAAAGAUAUUCAUUACAAGAUUGAACUGAAAGAGAACUCUGUGGAACUCACUGAAGAUGGUAUAUCUCUUGCUGAAAUGGCUCUUGAGACAGGUGAUUUGUGGGACGAAAAUGAUCCAUGGGCCAGGUUUGUUAUGAAUGCUUUAAAAGCUAAAGAAUUUUACAAGCGUGAUGUUCAAUAUAUUGUGAGAAAUGGGAAAGCACUUAUAAUUAAUGAGUUGACUGGAAGAGUUGAAGAGAAAAGGAGAUGGUCUGAGGGAGUCCACCAGGCUGUGGAGGCUAAAGAAGGUCUCGAAAUUCAGGCUGAUUCAAUUGUUGUGGCCCAAAUCACCUACCAGUCACUCUUUAAACUAUAUCCAAAGCUCUCCGGGAUGACUGGGACAGCAAAAACAGAAGAAAAAGAAUUUUUGAGAAUGUUCCAGAUACCUGUUAUUGAAGUUCCUACAAAUUUGUCAAAUAUUCGAAUCGAUCUACCUAUACAAGCUUUUGCGACUGCUCGAGGUAAAUGGGAAUAUGUUCGUCGAGAAGUUGAAGAUAUGUUCGGACAAGGUCGACCUGUUUUAGUAGGAACAACAAGUGUAGAGAAUUCUGAAUAUUUAUCGGAACUGCUGAAAGAAUGGGGUAUUCCUCACAAUGUCCUGAAUGCACGACCCAAGUAUGCUGCCAGGGAAGCUGAUUUUAUAGCCCAAGCAGGAAGAAAAUAUGCCAUUACCAUUUCUACGAAUAUGGCUGGCAGGGGUACUGACAUCAUUCUGGGAGGAAAUCCAAAGAUGCUUGCAAGGGAAAUCAUAGAGGAUAGCGUCCUUUCAUAUCUAACAAGUGAAGUCUUGGCAGAUGAUAUUGACGAUAAUGAAUUAUCACAGAAGGUGUUGUCAAAAAUAAAAGUGGGACCAUCGUCGUUAGCUUUGCUAGCCAGAGCUUCUCUCAUGGUUUACUUGAUAUCUUCUUUGGAUUCAAUUGACACAGCAAAAUAUGUUGGCAAAAGUGAAAAUAAAAGCUGGUCGAGGAAAGAGGCAAAGUCCGUGGUCACAGAUUCUUUGGAGAAAAGCCAGACCAUGGAUACUAUGGAACUGCAGAACCUUGUCAACGAGCAGUCAGAAAUGUAUCCUUUAGGCGCUGCUAUUGCUCUAGCGUAUCUGUCCGUCUUAGAGGACUGUGAGGCCCAUUGUCUACAUGAAGGGUCUGAAGUGAAGAGGCUUGGAGGCCUUCAUGUGAUUGGGACAUCUUUGCAUGAGUCUCGCAGGAUUGAUAACCAGCUUCGUGGCAGAGCAGGAAGGCAGGGAGACCCUGGAUCAACGCGCUUUAUGGUAAGCUUGCAAGAUGAGAUGUUUCAGAAGUUCAAUUUUGAUACUGAGUGGGCUGUGAGACUUAUAUCAAAGAUUACAAACGAUGAAGAUUUACCAAUUGAAGGUGACACAAUAGUGAAUCAGCUUCUAGCUCUCCAGAUCAAUGCAGAGAAAUACUUCUUUGGUAUAAGAAAAAGCCUGGUCGAGUUUGACGAAGUUCUAGAGGUUCAAAGGAAGCAUGUCUAUGACCUAAGGCAACUGCUUUUGACGGGUGAUAAUGAAAGUUGUUCCCAGCAUAUAUUCCAGUACAUGCAAGCUGUUGUAGAUGAAAUCGUCGUUGGAAAUUCUGAUCCACAGAAGCAUCCAAGAUACUGGAGCUUGGCCAAGUUGUUGAAAGAGUUUAUGGCUAUAUCAGGAAACCAACUGGAUGAAGCACUACCAGAGUCAUUUUCUGGGAUCACAGAAGGAGCCAUGUUACAGUCCCUUGAAAAACUGCAUGAGACAAGCUCAAUAGAUAUGGAAAACUUCUACCUUCCACACCUGCCAAAACCUCCAAAUGCUUUCAGGGGAAUUCGCAGAAAGAAUUCUUCAUUAAGACGUUGGCUCGACAUUUGCUCCGAUGAUUUGACCAGGAGUGGGAGGUACCGAACAGCAGUUAAUCUUCUCCGGAAGUUCCUCGGUGAUUAUUUGAUUGCUUCGUACUUGAAUGUUGUUCAAGAAUCUGGCUUUGAUGACGGAUACGUAAAAGAAAUAGAGAGAGCUGUUCUUUUAAAGACGUUGGAUUGCUUCUGGAGAGACCAUCUCGUGAACAUGAAUAAACUAAGCUCAGCGGUGAAUGUCAGAAGUUUUGCCCAUAGAAACCCUCUCGAAGAAUACAAAAUCGAUGGAUGUCGGUUUUUCAUCUCAAUGCUAAGUGCAACCAGAAGGCUAACCAUAGAAUCAAUCUUGCAGUACUGGUCAUCCCCCUUGGAAUCCAAAGAACUGUUCAUAUAAUAAUAAGUCUUGUUCGAUUCAAGUUAAAGUUACCACAAAUUACAUUCUCUAGUCUCUACUACCUUUACAGAAUUGAAUGGUAGAAAAUCAGGCAAUGUCUCUUUUAUAGCUCAAGUUCGAUUGUAUAUUAUGUUUCUGAAUUGAUCGUAGUGUGAUGAGGAUGCUAAAACACCAUGAAUCUAUCAGUUUCUUCAGUUCCCAUGUUUGAGAGAACGCCGAUGUUCAUGUCUUCUUCUUCACUCACGACAAUGAGGAAUUUUCU